AUGCCUGCAUUAAGAUUUAAAACUUGUCGUCUACUUUCAGGAAAUGUUUGGAACAGAAAACUUACAAUAAUACAACGCCGUAUUCUCGGAAGAUUGAGGAACAAGAAGAGAUCUAUUAAGAGAAAGAUUUAUUCGAGAAAAAAUCUUAACAGUUACAUCCAAUUACAAACUACACGAAAGUUGUCCCUUUUUUAUGGAAAUUUACCCAUCACAGAGAUGCACAGAGGAACAAAACGAACUUCAUAUAUCCCUUUUCUCCUCAAUCCAGAAACAAGAUCGGACGUUAUUCCGGUUCGUCUCCAUUUUUGUGAAACUAUUCCUCAAGCAAGGCAGCCGAUAAGUCAUCGAAGGAUUUGUGUGAAUAAUGGAAUGGUCAACAUUACUCAUUUUAAACUCUCCCACGGUGAUAUAAUAUCUUUUAAAGAAAAUGAUGCGAGAACCCGCGGUGAAGAAAUAAGGAGCUAUAUCGGAAAAAGAAUAGGCAAAUCACCAAAUUUCCAGUUGCGUUCUGCUAUGCAAAAAGAAUACUUAGAAAGAACAAAGAAGUUUGGAUCCGAAAAAGUAUGCUUAGGUAGUUCUUUCGCUGAGCACAACAGAAUGAAGAGGAAUUUGUAUCAUUUAAAAUCCCUAUUCUUAUCGAAUAGAAGGAACGAGAAAAACCGAAAUAUUCCUACUCGAAUAAGAAGUCCUAUAGUUGACAACUCUUCUUUAUAUAGUAAUUCGACCUAUUGCUCCGCAUCCCCCCAGAAGUUUACUAGGAAGAUAAAAAGAAAAAGGAUCGAACUACCUACUCAUUAUUCGGAGGUGAAUCAUAGAACACCAAAAGCUGUGGUAUCUUAUGGACCUAACAUAGGUCAUAUCCCUCACGACAUAAGAUUGAAAGAUCCAAACCUUCUUCUUCGGAGCGGAAACGGACGUGGCCAAAACAUAUAA